AUGUCGUCGUCACAAGUUCUGCGCCGCCGUGAUCAAAAGCCCGGCAUCGGUCUGCAAGCCGUGCUCGCCGUGCAGGCCAACUCGGCCAAGCCAGAGCCGAUCCCCAGCCCGCCGGAGACGGCCGAAGAGGUCAAGGAACAAUGCGACUCCUUUACUCUCGAGUCUUUCACCACCGAGGAUGCCUGGGAACUGGGCCAUCUCCUCUACGCCCGCCUCUUGCCCUUUGCCGCGCAAAAGCCCACUCUCAUCUCCAUUGCCCUGGCCAACAGCGGCCAAGUCCUGUUCCAGACGGCCGUGGGCUCGGGCACGGCGCCCGACAAUGAGAUCUGGGUCGCGCGCAAGCGCAACAGCGUGCUCCGGUGGGGCUCCAGCACCUGGCUACUGCACUGCAAGUAUGAUGGCGACGAGGCGGCGUUCCGCGCCAAGUUUGGCAUGAGCGAGGAGCAGGCCGGCAAGUACGCCAUUCACGGUGGUGCCGUGCCCAUCAGGGUCAAGGGCGUCGAGGGUAUUGUCGCCGUCGUGGUGGUUUCGGGACUGAAGCAGCACGAGGAUCACGGUGUCAUUGUGGAUGUUAUCAGAAGCAACUGGGAAUAG